AUGCCCUGGCAACCUGCGAUUACGAUACCUACGUUUAUUUGCAGUUUUUUGUCGAGUGCUGCUACGGCCGCAGUGCUUUUCAUGUGGAUGAUUUCCAAUGAUCCCGCCAAGAAAAGGUCGAGCCGAUAUGCUCUCGUUAUCAAUUUGACCUUGGCUGAAUUCAUCAACUCUACAAACAACACCUUCUCUGGCGGUUGGGUCCUUGCUCACAAGGCUUUGCUUCCUACUGGCCCAUCAUGCAGUUUCAAUGGUUGGCUCGGCCAAGUGUCAGUCCAGGCGGCAGAUUUCUCCGUCCUCGCGAUUGCCGUGUUGACCUUCAUGACGCUGAAUUUCAACCGCUGGGUCUCCGACACGUCGAUGUUACUCACGGUCCUCAUCUGCUUAUCCGUGUGGGUAAUCCCAGCUAUUACAGGGACGACUGCUCUGGCCCUGGGGAAACUUGAACCCGUAUCAGGAAAUUGGUGCUGGAUCUCACCAAACCCAUUAUGGCUGCGAUAUGUUCUCGGGCACGGUUGGAGAAUGUUGAUCUUCGUCGUUGUCAUUGUCCUUUAUGCAAUCAUAUUCACUCUCGUCCGUCGACGUCUGAUGGCGAGGGAAAACAGCAACCAGCACCACUACUCUAUAACUUACGGUUCCCAAGUAGAGUUGACGCAGGGCGAGGAGCAACUGAUGCACGCACACGAUGAUAUUUUGAAAGGCAAGAGUCCUGUUCUGGGUGGCGGCUUAGAUGAUGACAAAGAAACCCCGAUCAAGCGUCCCGAAUUGACUCGAUCGGCUUUCUCGUACGAUGAUAAUGUAGAGAGGCAAACGAGACAGCGGAGACUUGCACUCAAGCCACGGCUGCGGAUCAUACAAAGCUCAAAGCUCGACCAGGAAACGUGGCAUUGGUUCUUGCUCAGCGCAUUUCCCUUGUCCUACAUACUUGUGUGGAUCCCAGGUCUAGCAAAUCGCUUCGUCGAACUCAGCGGCAACAGGUCAAGUUGGCUGUCAGCAUUACAGGCAAUGACACAGCUUACAGGCUUGGUUAAUGCCAUGGUGUAUGGUUUAAAAGAGCAUCGUGGGCUGUGGCGGAGUCUGGGUGAGCGAUAUUACAACCAAUAUUAA